AUGUCUCUCGGCAGAUCUCCGGCCAUGAGCCAGAACACCUUUGUUCGGCCUCCAAGUCAUGACGAGCCGCAAGAGAAGACAGCCAACGAGCCUUCGAGUCGGAAACGACUAGCAAAUGUUUAUGACGCCGUAGCCGGCCGUAUCAAUGCCCAUGGUUUUCUACCCCCCGUCCCUUAUCCUUCCAAACACCGGGAUACGGCGUCCUCCAAUUUUCGCCCCGUCCGUCCAGAAGAAGUCCUCUUCCGUCGACAGAACGCGCCGGUUCGCUACGAAGAGGACGAUUUCUACUUUGCGCACGAGUCGCUGCCUUCCGACCGACCUCUGCCGAGCUCCGAGUUGCUCGAGGCUAUCCACGCCUACACGGCCGAUUUCUACGAUAGGGCCACCCUCGAUCGGGGUCAGGAUGAUUAUCAGAGCAUGGACGAGACGGCAUUGAUAGCCAUGGGGAUACUGAUGGAGGAGAUGGCACGCGAGUCACUAGGGGAAACUGGCGACAUGGUACUGGUCGAGGGGGAAGAAAUGUCCGACAACGAGAUGCGUCGACUGGCUUCAGAAACUGAGCCUCGACGAGUAGGUCGUAAAAGGGCCAACACGCAGAGUAGCCUCCUCCCCAGCUCCGUCGAUGAACCAGAGCCCGUGGUCAAGCGAAAACCAUCGAAGAAGCGCAAACUAGCCCGCCGAAAGUGGACGAUGGAUGGGGACGCCGAAUUGGACUAA